UAUAGCCAUUUCUAGAACAAAAUUCUGUGGAAGACAUCUUUUUGGGUUGAAUUACGGUCCAAUUAUCGGAAAUUUAGCACCUGUGACGAGUUGACUUGUGAAGGUGAGUCUGAGAAUCUAGUUGUAACAGGAAAAAGGUUUAGAAGAAACAAGAAGAAGAAAAUCUGUUACACGAACGACUACAGAAAACUUUAUAUCAUUGAUCAACUAGUGGAUGGAGCUUCCUCAACCGCACCCCUUUGGAACCGAAGGUAAAAAACCGACACAUGAUUUCCUUCCACUGUACAGUCAUUCUUUCCAGCACCACCAAGAUUCAAAGCCUACUUCUGGGAUUUACCUUAAAACACAUGAUUUUCUGCAACCACUGGAGAGGGCAGGGAAGAACGAGGCAGGCAAGGGUGAAAACUCAGUGGAGAAUGUGAAAACAUCAACAGUAGUUGAAAAGCUGCCUUCUUCAUCAACUGCGUCGGUGGAGAAUGUACUCCCCGGAGGAAUUGGCACUUACAGUAUAAGUCACGUUUCCAAUUUCACUCAACGGGUUGUGAAGCCUGAGAGGAGUGUAUGUAGUACAGAGAGAAACGGGGAAGGUAGCAAAACGAACUCUGACGGUAGCUUUUACAGCAACGGAGGAGCAUUUACGUUGUGGGGAGAGUCUGUGGUGAAGGAAAACGGAACGACGACAGUGAAGGAUACUGCCGGAGAAAAACACGUCAUAAAAGAACCGGGGGAGAAGUUGGGCCCUUGGUUGUCGGAGCGGGCUUCGCAGUCCUCUUUCAUCCAUCACAACAGCUUAAGCUCUCAGUCAUCUUCCAAGUCUGCGGGGCAGAAGAAUCAGAGCUUCAUGGAGAUGAUGAUGAUGAAAUCUGCCAGGGUACCUCACGAAGAGGAAGAAGAAGACGAUGAGGAGUUCAUUGUCAAGAAAGACGGUCCCUCCCAAAAAGGGAAUUCGACUAUAAAAAUUGACGGAAAGAGCACCACCGAUCAAAAACCUGUCACACCACGAUCAAAGCAUUCUGCAACAGAGCAGCGUAGGAGGAGCAAGAUUAACGACAGAUUUCAGAUAUUGAGAGAACUUAUACCCAAUAGUGAUCAAAAGAGAGAUAAGGCAUCUUUCUUAUUAGAGGUCAUUGAGCACAUUCAGCUUUUACAGGAGAAGGUACACAAAUACGAACAAUUGUAUCCAGGAUGGAAUCCUGGGCCUACAAAAUUGACGCCAUGGAGAAAUAGCCAUGGUCCUGGAGAAAGUAUGAUAGAUCAUUCACGAGCCAUGAAGAAUGGUCCUGGUCCGGGUUUAAUGUUUGCUGGAAAAUUUGAUGAUCAUAAUGUCGCGAUUACCCCCAUCAUGCUUCCAAAUGCACAGAAUGUUGUUGAAUCUGAGCUCAGCACUGUUGCUGCCUACAGACCAAUGGAUCAUCACCCUGGCCUGGCAAAUAAGCCGGUACCCUUGCCUAUUCCUAUGCAGCCAAACACAUUCACUUCUGUUGGACAAAGCGGUGGGCUUGCCCAACUGCCAUUGAGGCCCAUGCCAGAUGCAGAAGACAUGUCAACUCAGCCCCAAUCCCGGUUGUGGCAAAAUAAACCAUGUACAACCACAAGUAAUACACCAAAUGAGCAGGAGGAUCUGACAGUUGAAGGGGGAACAAUUAGCAUCUCAAGUGUGUACUCUCAAGGGUUGUUGAAUUCUUUAACACAAGCACUUCAGAGCGCAGGUGUGGAUUUGUCACAAGCUAGCAUCUCAGUGCAGAUUGAUCUUGGGAAGCGUGCAAUUAAUAGAUUGGCCAAUAUGACAUCCAGUGCUAAGGAUCACGAAGAGCCGUCUGGCAAUCGAGCAAUUGCACAUUCUAGGGUUGCAAGCAGCGGUGAGGACUCGGAUCGAGUUCAUAAGAGGUUAAAGAGGGAAAGAAGCUAGUAGGAAUGUAUACAUUGCUCUUGGCAUAUUUUUCUCCUUUAUUUGUUUUCCCUUUUUCUUUUAUUUUCUUUUCUUUCUUUUUACCCUCCCCCCUUCACUUAUUUCCCAUCAUCACCUCAGGGUUUGUGUUCUCCUGGUCCACAAUACUCAGUGGAGAUCAAUUGUAUAUACUCUGCUUUUCCGGUUUGUUGGGACACAUUCUCCUUGCAAACUGGUACAUAAUUCA